UAUCUGAGAGUGUAUUCAAUAAACCAUAUCUCCUGGAAAUUUUGCAUCAAAGACGACUGAAGUUCUCUCUUUCAAGAUGAAUAUACAAAUUAUUGGAUUGUUUACAUUGACGAUUUUACUACUGGAAUUUGUUGAAGUUAGUGAAGCUUACAGAUAUGUAAAACCAUGGAAACCACAUCGACAUAGACUUCGUCGGUUACCUUCAAUUUCACAUAGACCACCAAAACGACGUUAUAAAAAGUGGCGUCCACAGUCUCAUCGACAUCCACGUUGGAAUCAACAGCGUUAUGCGCCAAAAUAUACUGAUGAUGAGCCUUACACAAUAGAAAUUGAAUUACCAAAGUACAGUAAUAAUUACAGUGACCAGGAGAAUGAUCAUCCUCAUCUUCAUUACGGAAGAGGAAGAAGGAAACAUGGAUGUGGAUCGCCCUAUAAAAAACGAAAUUACAAUGAUUGUAGUAUUAGAUCAAAUUCAAACAGCAUUGAAAACCAUGAGAAGCCAAAAUUACGAAUUAGAAUAUCACGAAAUGACAACAUAAAAGUACUGGAGCCCGUGAGCAGGGAGGCUGGAUAUCCAAAUCCCAGAGCCUGGAAUAAGAUCAGGUUACUAACGAAAUGAUGAAUGAAUGAUGACUGAAUACUUAUCAUGAUUGAGUUGAUGAUAAACAAUUAAAAAUUGUUAUAAAAAGAAUUUUCAUCUUAUUUUUUUAUAAUUUUAUCCCAAAUAAGUCUGUAACAUAA